AACAGGACUUUUAUUUUGGUUUGACGUUGUGACGUCACACGUCCGCGCCGCGCUCCUGCAUCGGUUGUUUGGUUCGGCUGCAGAAAGACACAGACAGGCUUCGGUUAAGCCCGGAUCAGGACAUAUACUUCAAUUAUUGAAGUACGUCUGAGAGAAACAUUACUGAUGAGCAUCUUGAGAAAAAAAACAACGACACGGACAUAUUUUAAGAUCAGUCCGUGCAAGUUUCUUUAAUUUAAACAGAUCAGACGUUAAUUUGAUUCUGGGACGGGACCUGAGCCUUGUGUGUGAAACCACAAACCCCUGACUCUCAGUCUGACUGAUUCCCUCACUAGUGUGCUGACCGCUGAACUAGGCGCUGACUGUGACGCUCCCAAAGAGCGAGUGUGGAUUUAUUUGAACCUCUGUUAAUUAUUCUCAUCUUAAACGUGUCAGAGAAACUCCUGCUGAUCCACACACCAUUAAAGAUGGCGUUAAUUAAAGAGGAGGGUGAAGACGUGACGAUUGGAGAAACACUGAGACUCAAACAUGAAGACACUGAGGAACAAACAGCUCUCAUGCCGCUGAAAGAGGAGUGCGAAGUGCUGAACGAAAUGGAAGAGAAAGAACAAUAUGAUUUUCUAACUGCAGAAGAAUCUCUCAGUUGGCCACAGACUUUCUCACAGAAAACAGGAGCUAAAAGUAAUUUCACCCCUUUCCAUUGUGAAAAGAGUUUGAAUGAACAUGGAAACCUUGAAGUCCAAAUGAAAAUUCACGCUGAAAAGAAGCCUUUCAUUUGCCAACUGUGUGGAAUCAGUUUCACUCAAAAAGGAAACCUUAAGAGGCACAUGAGAAUUCACUCUGGAGAGAAGCCUUACACUUGCCAACAGUGUGGAAAAAGUUUCACUCAAAAAAGAAUCCUUAACAGGCACAUGAGAAUUCAUGCUGGAGAGAAGCCUUACACUUGCCAACAGUGUGGAAAAAGUUUCAGUAGGAAAGGAAACCUUAAUUUUCACAUGAGAGUUCACACAGGAGAGAACCCUUUCACCUGCCAACAGUGUGGAAUAAGCUUUACUCACAAAGGAAGCCUUAACCGGCACAUGAGGAUUCACACUGGAGAGAAGCCUUACACCUGCCAACAGUGUGGAAAGAGUUUUAAUAGAAAAGGAAACCUUAAUUACCACAUGAGAGUUCACACUGGAGAGAACCCUUUCACCUGCCAACAGUGUGGAAUUAGCUUUACUCAAAAAGGAAGCCUUAACAGGCACAUGACAAAAUUACACUGCAUAGAAUCAACACAAUCUUAAUCAACACAUGACGACUCAAAAGAGACCUAUUUUAUAUGCCAUCAGUGUGGAAGGAGUUUCACAGACAGGAGUUAUGUAAUGACUAGCAGUGCAUGCAAGCCUUCCAUGUGCCAUCGCUGUGAAAACACGUUCAGAAACGGCAAUCCCUGAGGUUCACAAGAGGAUUUACACUGGAGAGAGGCAUUUCACAUGUCGUCAGCGAUUACACUGUUGCAUUACAUUUUAAAACAUUCUGGAGGACUAAUUAAAACUAAUUGGUGAAAUAACUUGUUUGGUAAAGUGAAAACAUCUGCCACAGUUUUAUAAUUUUAUUUUACGUUUUGUGAAGGAGGGUCACUGGUAAGGAGAUCUUGAGCUGUGAUAUACUGGAUUUCAACAGUGACUGGAAAACAUGUAGUUUAUCCAUGAGAAUUGCAUAUUUUGAUAUUUGGGACAUGGUCAUUGGGCUAUUUUUGAUUGGCCAUUGGGCUAGUUUUGUUACACCACAUCAUCAGAUGUCACUGAAGGCUGUCUCGAUCAGAAGGAUCCUUGGAACGCAGGCUUCAUUUCACGUCCUUCAUUUAGUUGAAUUUGGAGGAUGCAUGGGAUGUAUCUUUCAUGACCUUCAAUCACCCACAAUCCUUUGUACACAUUACAACUCACUGAAAAAAAUUGAUGGAAAAAGUUGUAACCUUUUAAAUCUUUGCUGGGGUGCCAGACAGGUAUAUACUGAAUAUGCACUGACAAACCAUCAGCAUUAAAUUCUGUUGCUUUAUCAUUUAGUCAGGUCAAGUCAGAUGGAAAAUCAACAAAAUAUACAUGUUAUACACACAUUACUAAUUCAACUUUUGUCCCAUAACAUGUUUCCUUAAAGUUUGCAAGAGUAAACCUUAAGAAAGAAAAAGCAAGAUACUAAAACUCAAGAUAUGCUCAUACAGCAUUGUACAACACACUAUCAUUAGCAUAGCAUCAGCAUAACACUUAAUAAGGCCUCCCACAUCAGCAUUUUUUUUAAACGGAUCAAGACUUCAAAGAAAACUAAGGUGAAGAGUGAAAGUCCUCGGUUUUCAUAAAGAGCUAGGCUUGGUAUUUGUUACUCAUGAAUCACUGCGUCCACAUUCGUUAGGGGUCCAAUCAGCUAUGUCUUUUACUGAUUCCACAGUAUCUCGGAUCGCUCACAUUGCUCAGGUUCACUGUAUAGUAUUCUUUUUGCGAUGAUUUUAAUUUAUAAUCCAACAUCGGCAGAACAAAGGUUAAUCAUCCGUCUGCAUCUGGAAAUCACUGUGUUCUGUUUCUCCGUUUAUAAUGUCUGGGAACUCAAUUACUGCAGCGCUUACUCUCGGAACACAAGCAACGGUAGAGCAAAAUAUAUUCCAGAUGCAGACCAGACAAGUAAUGUUCAUUCCAGGGGUGCCCCAUCCUGUUCCUAAAGAUCUACCAUCCUGCAAAGUUCAGCUUCAACCCUGAUCAAACAUACCUGAACCAGCUAAUUAAUCUCUUAGGUAGCACUUGAUAAAUACAGAGCUGUGUUGGAACAGGGCUGGAGCUGAAGUCUGCAGGUAGGUAGAUUUCCAGGAACAGGAUUGGGCACCCCUGGUUUAAUCCAUUCGGGCUGCCUCGGUAGAACGCAGCUUCUCGUUUGUGAAGCACUUUGAGAACUUGGAAAACAAUGUAGUGAGGUCUAUGGUGGUGUGUGAUCAACACCUGACAUACCACAGUAACACCUCGUCAAUGUUGCAGCACUUGCGAUCCAAACACCCUCAAAUAAACCCUCAAAAAAAAUCUGAUGGGUAUACCUGGUGGAGGUGAAAACAUGGUGUACAUAAAGACAUGUAUAACAUGUUUCACACCGAAUCUUCUGGGCCUCUUACUAACAAAUAAUAUAUAAUAAUGUGUCCUCAAAGCCUAAAAAACUGUAUAUUAUAAAUUCACACAGUAUACAGUUUAAUAAGUAACUUUUGUUUUCAGCAAGGCAAAGAGACAUUGAUGAAGCUCUAGUGGACACGACACUCAAGGAUUCUCAGUCAUUUUCAGUGGUGGAGGAUAAGGGCUUCAGAGCUUUUGUAAAGAAUCUUGACCCAGCAUAUGUGCUUCUUACAAGGCAUGUACUCAAGACAUAGUUGCUGCAAGGUAUGAAGUGACAAAUGACAGAAAUAAGCACAGUUAGGCAACUGUGUGGCAACUAUGUGAGAGAGCGUUGUUAUUGUGUCACUAUGUUGUAUUGCAACAGGUAGCACUUCAAUUUUAAGGUUCAGUCAAGAUUAGUUUAUACAUAAUUUGAAAGUGAAAUGGCUUAAUAACAGAGUUUUGUUAUGAUUAUACAGAGAGAGAGCAGAGCCCCAAGAAGAGGGCCACAGCGAAGAAAGAGAUUGGAAAGAAAAGAGACAGGGCAACAGGUCUAAUGGAGGAGAAACAUCAUCAUGUAAAAACUAGACAGAAAACUCGCUCACAGACUGAAAGUACGUCUUUACUGAAAAGAGGAGACAAGAAAUGUUUGACCUGCCGUCAGUGUGGAAAGAGUUUCAAAAUCAAACAGAGUCUCGAGUAUCACAUGAGGAUGCACACUGGAGAGAGACCGUUCACUUGUGAUCAGUGCAGCAAAACAUUUUUCUGGGCUUCAGGCCUCAAGCACCACCUGAAAGUUCAUUCAAAGGAAAAGACAUAUCCAUGUUCUUUGUGUGGAAAGAGUUUUUUACAUAUGCACUAUUUGAAAGAACAUCAGAAGAUACAUACUGGUGUAAGAGAUCAUAUGUGCUUUAAGUGUGGGAAGACUUUUAUUAGAGCUGAACAUUUGAAAUAGCAUCAGAAAACCCACACUGGAGAGAAACCUUACAAGUGUUCACGCUGCGACGAGAUUCACAUGUUCAGCACAUCUGAAAACACACGAGAGGAGCCACACUGGAGACAAACCCUAUCACUGCACUGUAUGUUGGAAGAGUUUCACUCAAUCGUCAGCUCUACGCACUCAUACAAAAAACUAUCACAGUAAGUAGAUGAUCUUCAGAUCCAGCACUUUCAGGUCUGAUAUCGCACCCUCACCGAACGUGAUACAAUAAUACCAGAUCUCUUCAUCUGUCCUAACCAACCACAGCCAACGACAGGACAAAGAGACAUUGUCUAAAUUUGUCACAGCAAAUAAAGUUCAAUUUCAAGACCAA